AUGUUCGGAAGUAAUAAAGUUAUUGUCUUACUUUCAGAAUGCAGUUCGGAUGGUUCUCCAGACAGUGAGAUCGAUGCAUUCAAAAAAAUCGCUUUCUCAGACAUGGGUUCGGCGUUUGAAAUUGAAAAAUAUGGUUAUGAUCGAUUUAAACUAGAAGACAAUUUAAAAAGCUUAGAUAUGAGUGGCAAACGAGAGAUUUUUCGAGAAAUAUUUGGAGCGACCCAGCAAAGAAAAGAUUUACAUUCAAUCAUAUCUAUUUUAAAUUUCUGA